UGUUAUUUGACCCUGUUCAAUUCCUCUAUGAGCAUGUGUUUCCUGCUGGUGGCCAUUGUUUCCAGCCAUAUGUGAAGAUACCUGUUUCUAGUAAGAAUAUAUAUCAAUUUCAAGAAUGCCUUUAACUGCAGCUGAAAAGAUGAGGAAGAAAAGGCAGAAACUUAAGGAUGAGGGCAAGUACGAAGAGUACAAGCUAAAGCACAGAGAGACCACGAAGAAAUACAGAGAACGAAAGAAGCUAAAAGAACAGGCAUUAGGUAAGCGUGAGAAGAAAAUAAUGGAAUUAGAAAGAAAAAAGCAAGGGAGGGAGAGAGUAGCUAAGUACAGAAAAAAAUUGAAAGAAACUUCAAAUCAAAACACUCCUGAAACAUCUAAUACUGCUUCUCCACCUUUUAAGAACUCAUCUAGUCUAGGGAAGGCCACUGCUCGAGUUAAAAGAGCACUUCCAAAAUCACCAAGGAAGAAAACGGUUGUCAUUAAGAAGUUAUUUGAGUCUUAUGUCCAGCCUUUGCCAACCAGUACAGCACCUUCCACAGCAAAAUCUUCAAACCCUGAUACUAGGAAUGCCGUAAUUCACUUUUACGAAAACGAUGAAAUUAGCCGCCAGGCUCCUGGACGGAAAGAUGUAGUAACUAUCAGAGAGAACAAAAACAAGACAAAAAUGCAAAUUCGACACCUUAUGUUUUCAUUGGCAGAGGCUCAUGCAAUGUUUUGUCAUGAAAAUGGCACAGUCAUUGGAAGGAGCAAGUUUGCAGAACUUCGGCCGAAGCAUGUAAUGUUGAGCAACAAGCUCCCUCACAAUGUAUGUUUGUGUCGUUACCACGAAAACUUUAUUGACGCUGUUAAUGCUCUCCACAAAUUUGUGCCAGAGUUCCCAGAAUACACUAACGACCUACCAAAAUCUUUCGUAUGUAAGGAUGCCACAAUAAAUUGUUGGUUUGGCGAAUGUGAGACCUGCAAAGAUUUAAUGCCUUCAAAACUUAAUGAAAUUUGUGCUGCUUCAGAGAACUCAUCGGAUGUGAAUUGGUUUGUAUGGAAGGAGUGCGACGGAAGACUAUUAAAAGUGCAGGAAGACGGACAAUUGCAGGAUUUGGUUGAUCAUAUACUUACUAUUGGCCCACCAUUCUUAGAACACUGUUACUUAAAGAGAGCACAGUCAAAAGCUUACCAAACAGAACGAGCAGCAGUUGAAUCAACUCCACACGUAGCACUCAUUCAAGUAGAUUUCUCGGAAAACUACACCUGCACGGCUCAAGAUGAGAUACAGAGUGCUCAAGUCAGUUUGUUCACAGCUGCUAUAUGGCAUUCAGGAGUUGUUAAUCCAGGAUAUGUAAUUGCCUCUGAUGUUCUUGACCAUUCCAAAAACACAGUGAUAGCAUAUAUUGAUAGACUUCUUGAAGAGUUACCACCAUCAGUAAGUGAUGUCAGGAUUUGGUCUGAUGGGCCUAGUUCACAGUUCAAGAAUAGAUACAUCGCAGAAGCUAUGAUAACUCUUGCAAAUGAACACAAGAAGAAAAUAUCUUUGAAUUAUUUUGCUACUUCACACGGCAAGGGGCCAGUUGACGGGAUUGGAGGAGCCAUCAAGCGUCAAAUUUGGUUGAAAGUCAAGAGCAGGAAGUCAAUUGUACAUAAUGCCACCGACUUUGUGAAUGCAGUAGAUCCAUCGUCAAAGGUUCAUGUGAUUUUGAUGAACAGUGAAGAAAUUGUUCACAGAAAUCACAAAUUAAAUGUGCCAUCUUUAGUGAAGAACUGCAAGCCAUUCCCAAAUAUUGCAAAGACACAUAACUCAGAAAUUUGUAAUGGUGAAACUAUAGGACACAUAACUACAGCAGAAACUAAAUUUGGUUAGAAACUAUUUGAGAAACUGGUAGAAGAUUUGAUUAAAGUGGAUGACUGGGUGGUUGUGAAAUAUGAUAGUUUUCUAUUUCCAGGAAUCGUUACUGAAAUAGAUUCAGAAGAUUACAAGGUGAACGUAAUGACCAAAGAAGGUCAGCUGUGGAAAUGGCCUGACACUAAAGACGAAAUCUACUACAGUAGAGCUCAAAUCAUAAAAACUGUGAAUCCACCAGUAAUUGUAACUGCUCGUGGACAUUUUAAGUUUGACUCUGUAAUAAUGUGAAUUUCUGUAUAUAGUGAAACAUUGUUUUACGCUUCUUGGGUGUUUUGUGUAAUUAAUUUAUAGAACCCAUAGUAAUAGAACAAACAAUAUCCAUAAAACUGACCAAUGUUGGAAUGUUAUUAUUUUGUCUCUGUAACGUGAGUUACUGUGUGAUGUAACGUGAGUUACUUUUUUAAAAAACUGUUAUGUUAUUAUUUACAAACAAACAACUAUAUGUCACACUACCAUAUGUUCGUAUAAGUUAGUUGAGUUACAUAUAAAAUCCUAAAGCCAACAUAUUGUUUACCAGAGGAGAAUUAAUCACGUUUUCAACUCUGUUCGAAACUCUUGUCAAUGAACUGUAA